AAGCAGUGUUGCUUUACAUAGGUGGACGACACAUGUACGCUGACAUGGCAGCACUCUCUGUUUACCUCAUGGCAGCACUGCUCUGUUACGUAUGGGCAACUCAGGAAAAGAGCGUUUUGAAAGCAAGAGAGAAAACAAAUGUCACACUGCAGACAGGAGAAACUCUGCUCAACGCUGAGAGUGUGUGGACCUUUGGAGCUGAAACCCCAAACAUGCGAAUCGCCACCAUAAUGAGGGGCAAAGAGGUGAAAAAUGACUACGGGGAGAUUUUCAAAGACAGGCUUCUUAUUGACCACCACACUGGAUCUCUGACUAUUAUUCAAGUGAAAACAAGUGAUACGGGCAAAUACCAGUUCCAGUCUAUCGGGACUAAAAUCCUGAUGAGAGUUUUCCAUCUUAUUGUCUACAGUUUCAUCCCUGCUCCGUCUAUUGCUAUCUCUCCCUCUGUCUGUAACAGCAGCUCCAGCUCAGUCACUGUGGAAUGCUCAGUCCACAACAGCAGAGAGCUGAUGCUUUCCUGGUACAGAGGCAAGGAGAGUCUAAAAAAGACAAGCAGUCCCAAACUGACAACCCUGACUCUAUCUCUAGAGGUAGAUCCAUCUUAUGGAGACAACUACAGCUGUGUGGCUGAGAACCCUGUUGAGAGGAAGACCACCAGACUAAGUGAGGAAGACAUUCUGCUGGGAUAUGCAGAGAACAGCAGCUGGUGCCAGAAUGAAGCCACCAUCAGACUGAUUAUCUCUGCUGCAGUUGCAUUGGUUUUGUUUCUUCUUCUGGUGGACCAUAUCAGACUCUGAGGAGGAGGCAGGAGCUGCAUCAUCCCAAUACUUACUGGUUCUCAAGCUUUUCUACCAUCUGGAGAAGAGAUGACAGAGAGCUUUCAGUAUUUAUCUGGAGACCAGGAAUCUGAAAACUGUCCCCAGGACGGGAUCAAACUUAUUGAGGUCCUCUCUUUUCUCUCUCUCUUAUACUAUUUCUGAUCACGUUGUUUGGUUUCAAUUGUAUAUCUGCU